ACAUACGAAAAAAACAGUCUUAAAAACUUGCAAAUUAAUAAGAAAUAAUGGCUGGCGAAGUUAUUGUGGAUGCCCUGCCCUACAUAGAUCACGGAUAUGACGAUGUGGGCGUGCGGGAAUCGGCACUUGCCAUGGUGGAGGAGGAAUGCCGGCGCUAUAGGCCCACCAAGAAUUACCUGGACCAUCUGCCACUGCCCGCCAGCUCGCCCUUUGAGACUCCCCUGAUGGCCAACGAGUUCGAGCGCAUCCAGAACCGGGUGCCCAUGGAGACGCUCUCCAUGAAGCGCUACGAACUGCCACCGCCGCCAUCGGGCAAACUAUCCGAGGUGUCCGCCUGGCAGGAGGCCAUCGAGAACUCGAUGGCCCAGCUGGAGCACCAGUGGGUGCGCUCCCUCAACCUGGAGCUGAUGCUCGACUACGGCACGGAGGCAUGGAAGUCAUACCUGGAGGUCUUCACCGCCAUGCAGGCGAAGGCGCAGCUCCAGCUGCAGCAACUGAAGAAGGACAUCCAGGAUGUCAACUGGCAGCGCAAGCAGGCGCAAACGCAGGCCGGCGAGCGACUGCGCUCCCUGGAGGCCCACUGGGUGCUGCUGGUCUCCAAGAACUACGAGAUCGAGACGGAGUGCGUCGAGCUGGAGAAGAUCGUCCAUGCCGCCCGCCAGCAUCUGCAGAGCAUUGCCCCGCAGCCCAGCGCGAAUGACACGGCUCCAACGCCGGAGCACACGAAUGGGUUCGACCAGGACGACUUGGCCGAGAGCAACGGCAGUACCUCCAGCAAUCCGGAUCCAAGCCAACCUGGCGAUGAUGGAGCAGAUGCCGAUGGUGACAGCAAGGAGGAGGACAAACCCGAGGCCCAGGAAGAAUCCUCCAAUGGGUCAACGUAGAUUUAGUACACUGAGCGAAAGCAUGAAGCAAGUCAAAGGAAAAAUUACGACUGUAACUAAAUAUAAAGGAUAUUAAACAAAACAGCUACAAAUCUAA